ACUUAACUUGCUGUCUCUCCCACAGUGUUUGCAAACGCUGCAUACGCAAGAUGGACCACCACUGCCCCUGGGUCAAUAACUGUGUUGGGGAGAACAACCAAAAGUAUUUUGUGCUUUUCACAAUGUACAUUGCACUCGUCUCCUUCCACGCUCUCCUCAUGGUGGUCUUCCAUUUCCUCUACUGCUUUGAAGAUGAUUGGACAAAGUGCAGUUCCUUCUCUCCUCCAGCAACAGUCAUCCUCCUCAUACUCCUGUGCUUUGAGGGUCUCCUCUUCCUCAUCUUUACCUCUGUGAUGUUUGGCACCCAAGUCCACUCCAUCUGUACAGAUGAAACCGGAAUCGAGCGUCUGAAGGGAGAGACAGGAAAGUGGGGGAAGUUGCCGUGUUGGGAGGCCAUGCAAAUGGCGUUUGGCGGCCCGUUCUCUUUAUCCUGGUGCAGCCCCUUUGCAGGGCUGAGCUGCAAGACUGUUUCAGAGCAUGUCCCUGUCCCACAGGGGGAGAUCAUCGAAGAGGACGUCAUAGAGAUACCACUCAACUAGCACUGCCUGUAUUCAGGAAAGCCCUUUUUUCUCAGUCUAGCAGUGCUUCUUUACAAGUGAAUUUUAAAUUUGUGGACUUUAUCAGGGCCUUCCAAAAUAAAGACUCCACCUGAAAUAUUAAUUUAUAUUUUCUAUCUUAAAUACUUUAUAUAUGUGAAACUAUAACGGGUAACUCACCUACUUUCUUUCCCAGUGUUAAUGAAGCUAUUUUGCAGAGUGUAUGGGGCAGUAUACUUUUGUGAA